AUGGGCCGUGAACCAUCUACUGCAUCAAGUCCUAUGUCACCACUUACACCCACAAAAACCGAAGACCUAAGUGGGUUUUUAUUCCCUGGCGAGGACGAACCAACGAAAAAACAACAACGUCGUCGACCCCGAUCUUUCCAGGAUAAACCUGACAGUAAUAGCAACAACAACAACAUCAGCAACAGCAGUAAUAGUGGCUGUAAAUCAACAUCGUCCGUCGAAAUACGAAGGCAGAUCCAUAUUCAAUCUGAACAAAAACGACGAGCUCAAAUUAAGGAUGGUUUUGAGGAGUUACGAAACCAGCUACCAGCUUGUCUUAAUAAGAAAAUGAGUAAAGUGGCUCUGCUGCAUCGCACUGUCCAACAUAUUCAGCAUUUAAAAAAUACACAAGUAUCUAUAUUAGCCGAACUUGAACGUCUAGUUAGAGAAAAUGAAGAACUACGCAAGUUUCAGGGAAGUAUGACCCUGCAGCAAGAUCCUUCUACCCUUUAUGCUGUCACUACUGAUGCCGCUGCGGUUGGUGCCCAUCCUCUUCAUCAUCAUCAACCUCCUCCUACCCACCAACCUCAUCCUCAUCCUCACAGUAUUUCUAAUACCACCAACGUUAUCACCGCAGCAUCACAGUAUUCACAAUCGCAACCAUCGUUAUCUCUCUCCUCCUCAACCUCUUCCUCAGCCACCACAACAACAUCCAUGGGUGCUCAAUUGUACAGGGAUUCGUAA